AUGGGUGAAAAAGUAUUUAUAUCAGGAGCAUCAGGAUUUAUAGCUCAACAUAUAGUUAAACUUCUAUUAGAAACAGGUUAUACAGUUAUAGGAACAGUAAGAACAAAAGAAAAAGGAGAAAAAUUAAAGAAUUUAAUAAACUUCAAAGAAUUUAAUUAUGUUAUUAUUCCAGAUAUAUCAGUACCAGGAUCAUUUGAUGAUGCAUUCAAAAAACAUAAUGAUAUCGAUUAUGUAAUUCAUAGUGCUUCUCCAUUUACUUAUACUACAUCAAAUCCAGAUAAAGAUUUAAUUGAACCAGCUCUUAAGGGAUGUAAAGAAAUUUUAAAUUCAUCUUACAAAAAUUUAAAAAAUUUAAAAAGAUUUAUAAUAACAUCAAGUGAUGCAGCAAUAUAUUCAAAUUUUGAUGAAAAAAAUAAUAAGUUAAAAUUUGAUGAAAAUUCAUGGAAUUUAACACCAAGAGAAUUAGGUAGUAAUGAUCCAGUUACUGCUUAUUAUAUAUCUAAAUCAUUAGCUGAAUUAGAAACUGUUAACUUUAGAAAAACCCAAAAUCCAAAUUUUAAAUUUAUUUCAAUUAAUCCUUCUUAUGUAUUUGGUCCACAAGCUUAUUUAUGUGAUCCAAAUCAAAUAAAUGAAUCAAAUCAAUUAAUUAGUGAAUUAUUGAAAAAGACACAACCAAAAGAUAAUUUUGAUAAUGAAAUUGGUGGUUUCAUUGAUGUUAUUGAUGUUGCAAAAACUCAUGUUUUUGCAAUUCAAAAUAAUGAUGUUAUAAACCAGCGAUUAUUUUUAAAUAAUGGACAUUUUUCUACUCAAAUGAUUUUAGAUAUUAUAAAUUUAAAUUUUCCAAAGCUUAAUUUAAUAAAAGGUAAACCUGGUACUGGGCAAGAAGACAUUAAACAAUUAGCUCAAGUUGAUAAUAACAAAACCAAAUCUUUAUUACCUUGGACUUUUACUAGUUUAAAUCAAACUGUUAUUGAUGUUGUUAAUCAGAUCUUAGAUGUUCAGAAUAAAAAUGAUGAUAACUCAAAAUUGUGA